AUGGCUUGGUCGACCACCACCACCGUCGCGCUGACAUGCGUGCUUUUCCUUCUCUUCACCCGCCCUGUCCACGCCUUCGGGGCUGGCAACAUUGCUUCCGUAUCUAAGAUAGAGGGCCAGAAUUGGCGCCAUGGCGAUAUCGAGGAUGCGAUCCUGACGUUGAUGAUGGCCCGCUUCGGCGGGCGGGAAGAGUUUUUCAAAACUCCAGGGUUCAGCGUAUUUAUUUUGGAAAUUGGCUUUCGGGCUCUCGACAUUGGUACUUUGAAAUAUGUCUCUGCAGAGACUAUUAGGCUUCUCCUUUGGGUCUUGGGAAUCAUGACUUUUGGGUACGGCACGGGAGAGUUUGAGGUUACUCUGGACCGCAUCGGAUGUUACCAACCUACCGAGCAUAUCGAUAACCCAUUGGGAUAUGGCGAGGGUCAAGACGCACGCCGAUAUUAUAGGCACCUCAGAGGCCCUGUUGACGAAGAGAGGGAGUUAGGCGUCGAUGCUCGCACGGGUUUGAAGAACUACAUCGCAUCCGAGGACUUGGGUAUCGACAAUUCCGCUUCUCUCCUUAGAAAAGUGUUCGGCAACUGCAUUGAGCUGGGCCGCAGAUAUUCACGCUCCCGCAGAGAUGCCGACUUAUAUGAAGCUCUGAGGCUCCUUGGAACUGGCUUACACACCCUGGAAGACUACCUCGCCCAUAGCAACUAUACGGAGCUUUCUUUGAUCGAGCUUGGCGAGACCAAUGUUUUCCCACAUGUCGGGAGAAACGCAAUGAUUCAACUUCAGGGAGCUAGAAAUUCUGUUUAUCCUAUCGUUACCGGCACAUUUGGCGGUGUGGACUUCCUCCAUAGUGUUAUGGGAGAAAUUUCCGAUAAAGCGACACAGUCAGAAAUUCAAAACCUAGAAGGGAUGAUCGAAGAAUCUGAAAACCAAAAACCACAGGAAGGAUUUCUCCAAGUUCUACUCGAUAAGAUCCCUGAGGGUCUCCUGGGGAGUGAGGACAACACAGAAAAAAUGAAUGAGUUCCAGUCCAACGCUGAAUCUACGAAGCAGCGGAACGAGAACAUUUCUCCUCGCGAACCUGAACAAUGGGCUACUUACAUGAAUGAUGUUCAACAACAAAUGUUCCCACUCCUGGAAUGGCAUGACAACUUGAUGAAAUCGAUCAACAACGCGAUUGAGAAGAUCCCUGCAAUCCCAGAACUGGUUGAGCAAGUGCAGGAACAGAUUACUAUCUUUGUAUUUUCUGUUAUGGCCCCUUACGUUCUCCCGAUUCUCAAACAGGUCAAGGCUGAGCUUGAAAUCGGGUCAUCAGAAGUCAUUCAGAGCAGUAAGGAGGGGCAGUUUAACACAUUCAAUAACGAUCGCUGCACCGACCCCACUCACUCCAUGCUUUCCAAGGAUCAUUUUAGCAACCUCUUGAACGAGCCUGCUGGAAAGGCUGCCUCGGAAGUUGUGAAAUGGGUUGUACCGCAGAUCAUGGAAUGCUGGGAUGACGAGAGCAUCGAUGUUAACCGCACAAUGAAUAGGAUUAUUAAUGGAGUCUUCCACCACCCUGCUCUGCGUCAGUACGGCGAAGAUGGUUCACAAGAGAUGCGUAGAACUAUGUUCGGCGUUAUCGAGAGUUGGUGGAACGAGCAAGGUCGUCGCGGCCAGGACUCACUCCGCCAACAGCUCAGCAGAGAAGGUGUGCGGAAUGGUGAUAACCAUAAGCCCGGCGUUCACGACUCUGGCCACGGCUGCGGCAAGCCCAUGGGCCUCCCUAACCGCAAUCGCCCCGUUCCGGGAGGCGUUCAGGAUUUGUUUGGCCUUCAAGGCUUAGGGGGCAAAUCUUCAAUGAACACGUCAAACAUCGAGAAGAUGGCCUCUGAAGCCGUUGGUGGUGGGCUGAUUGGGAGUUUGGUGGGAGGCAUAGUUGGUGGAGCAACAAGCGGUACAUUCGAAGGACCUGACGACGGUAAGCGCCAUAAGGAGAAAAAGGAGAAAGACCAUCACUCAGACCCUUAUUAUCAUUCUUCUUAUUCCAAGGACAAGGAUUACGAGAAAGAAGAAAAGAAAAAGAAGAAGGAUAAAGAAGAGAAGCGGGAUAAGGAUAAUAAGCAUGAGAAGAAAGAUAAGGAUAAGAAACACAAGAAGGACAAGUACAAGGACGAAGAUGAUAAGGAUAAGGAUGGGGAUAAGAAGGAUAAAAAGGACAAGAAAGCUGACAAGGAUAAAAAAUAUAAAGAAAGUAAGAAAUACAACCACGGCGACGGCUAUCGACGUGAUGAUCGGGGCGGUGGUGGGUACGAAUCAGGAAGGCACCAAAGCGGGGAAUAUGGUCAGCCGCAAUAUGCUGAAACUGGUGGCUAUGGGCGUAGUGAAGAAAGGGGAAGCUCUGGCGGAUACGAAGCGGGAGGAUAUGGUGGCCAUUCUGGAGGCUAUGGUGGCGAGAACCGUGGCUAUGGGGAGAAAGAUUCCAGUAGAUAUGGUGGAGGGUAUGGAGGUGGUGAGUCUCGCGGCUACGGCGGUAGUGAAACUCGUGGCUAUGGCGGUGGCUAUGGAGGCGAGAGCCGAGGAGGUUACGGUUAUCAACAGGAAUCUGAAAGGUCAUCUCACCAGCAUCGUGAGCGCUCUGGGUCUCGCGAAAGAGCUUCCCGCCGUUACGAAAGCGGGCAUUAUGGCAGUGUUGACCGUCGCCAUGGCAGCCGUGACCGCAGCCGUGACCGCAGACGAGAUGGCGAUGAUGAUGACUACCGUCGCCGGUAUAAGAAAGAUGAUGACGACUACGGCGAUGAGAGUAGUAAUGAUGGCUAUGGAAAUAGACAUCAGCAUAAACACCGCCAUCACCGGCGAGAUUCCUGA